AUGACGCUCGCGUCCGCGUCGCGACUCGCCGUCGCCGCGAGGGCGACGUCCUACGGCGACAAGCGCUCGUCGAAGAAAGGCAAAUCCGGCGGGUCCGAAGGCUUGUCCGACACGGAAUGGAUGCAAAAAGCGCGCAAGCUCGCGAACCAGCGCGCGGCGAAGUUCCGAACCGAGCGCGGCGCACCCCCCGUGGCGCCGAACACGUGGCGAAGGAAGCGAAAGACGGACGCCAACGACCCGUACGGCCAAUUCGAAGCCGCGCGAGGGUACGACGAUCUUCCGCCGCGAUCGAAACGCGGCGAGGACGAGGACGAGGAAGAACAAGAGAUGACCGCGACGAAGGGCGACGGCCUGUGGCGCGUGGACAUGGCCGCGCUGUCCGAAGAGGACUGGGCGACGCAGUGGACGAUGACCCUGGAGGAGUUUAAAGCCCUGGAGAAGGAGGUGAAAGCGAACGCGAACGACCCGCAGACCGCGCUUCAAGCGUUCGAGGAGGCGGGUUUACGGCGCGUCUCGCCGGACAUCGCCGCGGGUAUGCUGAAGAUGAUCGCGGACGUCGCGAAAAAAGCGCGGACGGACAGGGAAGAGCUCGCGGGGCUUCGAAGGGACUCGAGGGUCGCGCAUCUGCUCGGAACGUGCGUCGCCGCCGCGCGUCGGAACAGCGACGCGUUGACCCCGAACAAACUCUCCGCCGCGGCGUGGUCGCUCGCGAUCAUCUCGGGCGAGCGCGCGAACUCCGCGGAGAUGGAGGUCCUCGCGGAGAGGGCCGCGCUCGUCGUGAGCGAGAUGAAACCCAGAGCGUGCGCGGACCUCGCGUGGGCGUUGGCGUCGUGCCGGCACGCGUCGCCGGCUUUUUUCAACGGUCUGGACGUCCGGUUCGCGACGGAGGGUUUGAAGAAGUUCAAGGUGUUCGACGUCUCCACGCUCGUGUGGGCGUUCGCGCACCUCGGGCACGGCUCGGACGGGCUGAGGGACGGGUUAGAGGACUGGUUCGUGGGCGCGUCUUCGGAGUCGGUGAGCGACGCGGACGCCGCCGCCGCCGCCUCCGCGCUCGCGAAAAAGUUCACCCCGCAGGCGCUCGUCACGACCGCGUGGUCGCUGUCCGUCAUCGGCGCGGAAGCGAUGCGAUCGAGAGCGUUUAAGGCGCUCUGGGGCGAGAUCGGACGCCUCGGCGGCGAGGUGAACGACGCGGACGCGGUCGCGAAGGAGGCGCUCCUCGCGGAGAGCGGGGACAAGAUCGUCUUCGGGCCGUGGCGCGGGAAACAUCUGAACCAGAUCAACCAGUGCGUCGUGUCCGUGGACGCGUGCGGCGGGUGCGACGCCCUCGGGUUAGCGCCGCUCGCGGAACCGCUGCGCGUCGCCGCGUCGAACGCGUGGAUGGCGCAGAGGCGCCCGCCCGUGGUGUCCUGGUACCAACGCGACGUCGCGUCCAUCCUCUCGUACAUGGGCGAGAAGCACGAGGAAGAGGCGGUCUGCGCGGGGUACAGGGUCGAUCUGCACAUCCCGAAACCGAUCGGGAUCGACGACGCGACGCACAAGGCUGCCGCGCGCGCCGGGGUCGCCGUGGAGGUGGACGGCCCGAGCCACUUCGCGCGAAACGACGCGACGACGUCGCUCGGGCAGACGCGUCUGAAGCACCGGCAGCUGCGGAGCUUAGGGUUCGCCGUGGUGUCCGUGCCCGUGUCCGAGUGGGAGUACCUCGAGACGAGCGAGGAGAAGGUGGAGUAUCUUCGGAGGGGGAUCGCGCACGCCGCGGCGGUGUGCGCGGGCGAGGGGGCGCAGUAG